ACCACGUUCCCUCCCACCGAAAAAAACUGCUCGACUUUAUAGUAUUAUUACUUAUAUUGUUUACUUGAAACAUUUAUCAACUAAUUUCGUUGUUUGCAAACGUGGUAAUGGCUGCUCCGUUGAAAGUAUGCAUUGUCGGUUCCGGUAACUGGGGCUCUGCGAUUGCGAGAAUUAUUGGCAGCAAUGCACAGAAACUCCAGUGCUUUGCCACCACAGUCAAGAUGUGGGUGUAUGAAGAAAUGGUCAAUGGCAAAAAGCUCUCUGAGAUCAUCAACACAGAGCACGAGAACGUUAAGUACCUGCCAGGAUACAAACUUCCAGAGAAUGUGGUUGCAGUGCCACAGCUUCGGGAUGCUGCAGAUGGUGCAGAUCUUUUGGUUUUUGUGGUUCCUCACCAGUUCAUCCGGAAACUGUGCGAUGAGAUGAUGGGCUGUGUUUCGGAGAGGGCUCGUGGAAUUACUCUAAUCAAAGGCAUUGAUGAAGGACCAGAAGGACUGAAGCUUAUCUCGGACAUCAUUCGGGAGAAAAUGGGCAUCGAUGUAAGUGUCUUGAUGGGGGCCAACAUUGCAAACGAAGUGGCAGCUGAAAAGUUCUGCGAAAGCACCAUUGGCAGCAAAGUGUUGGAGAAUGGCCUCUUGUUCAAAGAUCUCCUGCAGACGCCUAACUUCAGGAUCACUGUGGUGGAUGAUGCUGACACAGUGGAGCUCUGUGGAGCCCUCAAGAACAUUGUAGCAGUGGGCGCAGGUUUCUGUGAUGGUCUGCAGUGCGGAGACAACACCAAAGCAGCCGUUAUUCGCCUGGGCUUAAUGGAGAUGAUCGCCUUCGCCAAACUCUUCAGCAAAGACGACUCUGUGUCCUCUGCCACCUUCCUGGAGAGCUGCGGCGUGGCAGACCUCAUCACCACCUGCUACGGAGGACGAAACCGACGCGUCGCCGAGGCUUUUGCCAAGACCGGGAAGAGCAUUGAGGAACUGGAGAAGGAGAUGUUAAAUGGACAAAAGCUUCAGGGCCCGUUGACUUCUGCUGAGGUCUACCAUAUCCUCAAACAGAAGUGCCUGGUGGAGAAGUUCCCCUUGUUCACGGCUGUUUAUCAGAUCUGUUUCGAGGACAAACCGGUUCAAGACAUGAUCACCUGUCUGCAGAGCCAUCCAGAGCACUUGUGAGAAAAACACAAGUGCUCAAACAAACAAACAGUGUCCUCCUGUGAGGUGGUCCUACCUCUAACACUGCUCAUUUUACAUUAUAUACUGUACUCCUGUAUUGUUAUAUUUAAAUGGAUAGUUCACCUAAAAUUGAAGAUUUGCUGUUGAUCAUCUCAUUCUCAAACCAUGUGAGUGAUUUAUACUCUUCUGUAGAACAUUAAAGUUCAGCAGCUACUGGUACUUUGAGAGUCCAAAAAAAAACAUAUACAGGGAAAACAAAAUUAAUACCCAUGAUUCUUGAUGAUACAGUGAGGUCUUAUGAAGCCAAAAUGAGUGAUCUGUGACAUUAGCAUGAUAACAUUUGAAUACAAAUAGAUAUUUAGAAAAAUGUUGAUGUUCGAACACAUGAUGUUCACCUUUGACUGCCAUAGCAAUGAAAAAAAAUACUAUGGAAGUCAAUGGUGACCAUUUUGAAGUAUACUUCUCAGCUAAUGUAUCAUAGCGAGCCACGGGUAUUCAUUUUGUUUUACCUGUAUAUGUUUUUUGACUCUCAAAGUGACAAUGGAAUUGACAUAAAUCACCAAGUACCUUGAUUUCAGCUAAAAACCAUCUUCAAUGUGCUACUAAAAAGAAAAAAAGAUGUAAAGGUGAAUAAAUUGGCAGAGAAUUUUCCAUUUUGGAUUAACUAUCCCUUUAAUCUUCUCUUUCGUCCAAGGUCUAGGUCUACACUAAUGGUUAGGCUUGAACUCAGGGGUUUGUUUCCAACCUAACAGCUUUUGUUAUCAUUUCCUGACAAUUGUGUUUUUAUGGGGGAUCAUGUGUUAUUCUGUUUAAGCCAUUGUGCAGCUUUUAACUGUUUUCUCUCUGUCUGACUGCCCUCUUGUGGAUGUCCACAAUUAAACCUCACUGACAGGCGAGAUGAAAUGGCUCUUUUUAAAUGACCAUUAAGAUCUAAAUAUAGAGACUCACACUCCACGUCCACAUCAAGAGCAAAAUGACACGACCAGAAUGCCUCAAUUAUAUUCAACCAUCUAGUAGAACCAGCAUUAUACAACUUUCCUUAAGAAAACCUGAGGGUUUUUGAUACUUCGUUUGACACAAGGGCACAAUUUAGGCUUAAAACUAAGUAAACAAUUCAUAUUUUCCAUUUUAAUGGCUGUGUUGAUAAAUGGUAAACUGCCAUUUAAUGCGUUAUGGGGACACAUUAGAUUAAAGGAACUCAUUUUACAACUCCACCAGAGUUAAAACAGUUUUACCAUUUAUGAAUCCAUUCAGCUGAUCUCCGGGUCUGGUGGGAGCACUUUUAGCAUAGCUUAGCAUAAAUCAUUGGAUCAGAUUAGACCAUUAGCAUCUCGUGAAAAAAAAAUAAGUUUCAAUAAUUUUCCGAUUUCGUCUUUGAUUAUUAUGGCAGAAUGAGAGUACAGCUACUUUUAAUUUUCUGUCUGUCUUCGCGCAUGAUGUAACUACAGAAGAGUUACGCUUUAAAUAUGAAAAUUCUCAAAAACCUUUUUAAAAAAACUGAGCGAGAUGCUAAUGGUCUAUUCCGAUUCAAGGAUCUAUGCUAUGCUAAGCUAAGCUAAAAGUGCUCCUGCCAGACCCAGAGAUCAGCUGAAUGCAUUACAAUGGUUUAAAAUCAACUGUUUAACUUUAGGUGAGUUGUAAAAUUAGCCUAUUUCCAAAGCAAUAGUGCAGUGUUCAUUAAGUAAGAGUAGAUUUCUUUGUAAAGAUGCCUUUUAACUAUUCAUUAGUCUGGAGCAUUUCUUAGACAGGUUAAGGAGUACUUGAACAGACUUUGAUUUGAGGUUGAUUCAUAAGGUUUUAGAAGACAAUCUAUUUUUGAAAAGGCCUCAAAUCUAUCAUCUCAACCCAGCAUCCCUCUUUCAAAACUAAGUGCUUUCAAGACUUUUCAAGGGAACAUGAGAACUUGUUACAGAACAACAUUGUUGAUUAUAGUUUUUAUCAUGUUAUGGUUAAAAUAAUACAAUGUUACAUAUCUAAGUUUUACCAAUGCAUUUCAGUCUUGUUGGAAACCCCCCAAUCCAUUUAGCAUCCUGUUAAACUGAUUACAUAACACAUCCGCAAAUUAUUUUCUAGUACUCACAUUUCUAUUAUUAGUAUUAAAACUCUUGCAUAAUCUGUAGUUGUACUGUGCAAAAUGAUUUACUAAGUUUUAUAUUUUCAAACGAGAGACUGUUUUAUGGGAAUAGUUAGAGUUUGGAUCCAUAAUGGCCUUCUUUUUUAGCACUUCAUUGUGCUUAUAGAUCUGUUAAAUCCAUAGCUAACACAUUAAGACUAGCUCUUAGCAUGUAUCUGUUACAGUGUGUUCAUAUAAGCGUUUGAAUUAUACUACAAGUAUUAAACUGUGCAAAUGUUGUACUGUGUGUAACACUCCGGUGGAUGAACUAUAUAUAUGUUCCUUUUUUUGUUUUUGGCAACCCGUCCUGUAUGUCAUCAAAGCUCAACAAUAAAUAAAUGCUGCUUUAAGAAGAAACUAAUAAAAUGAUUUUGUGCAAA